UUAUUCCGAUUUUAAAAGCGUUAACGCGCACAGCAUUUUGGAUUUUUCAAAUUUUAAGUUAAAAAUUUUUUUAGUUGAAAACCAUUGAUGAUAACUUAGCACACCCAAAUUAGUGAACCAUUUUUUAAAAUACAGCAAAAUUAAGUAAGCUGUACACUUGUUAUCGAAGCAGAAACAUUUUAAAAUUAUUUGAGAUAGAAAAAUCAAAUAUUAAAAAUUACAUCAAACAUGAAUAAAUCGGAUGCAAACACUCGCCAGGGCCACUACAAGGCCAACACUCUUAACAUGCAGGACUCGCGCAUGCGUCGCCAUGAGGUGACCAUCGAGCUGCGCAAGUCAAAGAAGGAGGAUCAGUUGUUCAAGCGCCGCAACAUCAAUGAUGAGGACCUAACCUCACCGUUGAAGGAACUCAAUGGCCAGUCGCCGGUGCUGCUGUCGGUGGACGAAAUCGUCGCUGCCAUGAAUAGUGAGGAUCCGGAACGUCAAUUCGUGGGCAUGCAGCAGGCACGCAAGAUGCUCAGUCGCGAGCGUAAUCCACCUAUUGAUGUGAUGAUUAGCCAUGGCAUUGUGCCUAUCUGCAUUCGCUUCCUUCAGCACAACAACCCUCUUUUGCAAUUUGAGGCCGCCUGGGCUUUGACCAACAUCGCAUCGGGCACAUCGGAUCAGACACGUUGCGUUAUCGAAGAGAAUGCCGUGCCGCAUUUCAUAGCACUGCUGCAGUCGAAGUCGCUUAAUCUGGCCGAGCAGGCCGUCUGGGCCCUGGGCAACAUUGCCGGUGAUGGCCCGGCUGCGCGUGACAUUGUAAUCCAGCACAAUGUCAUCGAUGGCAUUUUGCGUUUAAUCAAUAAUGAGACGCCGCUGUCGUUUCUCCGCAACAUUGUCUGGCUGAUGUCGAAUUUGUGCCGCAACAAGAACCCGUCGCCGCCCUUUGACCAGGUGAAGCGCUUGUUGCCAGUGCUGUCCCAGUUGCUGGUCUACCAGGAGGAUAUACAGGUGCUGGCCGAUGCCUGCUGGGCCUUGUCCUAUGUGACGGACGAUGAAAACAACAAGAUACAGGCGGUCGUCGAUACGAAUGCAGUGCCCCGUCUGGUGCAACUGCUUCAGACUGAUGAGCCCAGCAUCAUUGUGCCGGCACUGAGGAGCGUGGGCAACAUUGUCACCGGAACGGAUCAGCAGACCGAUGUGGUUAUAGCCGCUGGUGGCUUGCCCAAGCUUGGCAUGCUCUUGCAGCACUCCAAGGGCAACAUUGUGAAGGAGGCGGCCUGGACCGUGAGCAACAUCACGGCUGGCAAUCAGAAACAGAUUCAGGCUGUCAUCGAUGCGGGCAUCUUUGUGCAAAUACGCCAUGUGCUCGAGAAAGGCGAUUUCAAGGCACAAAAGGAGGCCGCCUGGGCUGUGACCAAUACCACCACUUCGGGCACACCCGAGCAGAUUGUCGAUCUGAUCGAGAAGUACAAGAUACUGAAGCCAUUUAUUGACUUGCUCGAGGCCAAAGAUCCGCGAACCAUCAAAGUGGUUCAGACUGGUUUGUCCAAUCUGUUUGCGCUCGCCGAGAAGCUGGGCGGCACCGAGAAUCUGUGCCUUAUGGUCGAGGAGCUUGGCGGUCUCGACAAACUGGAAGCAUUGCAGCAGCAUGAGAACGAGGAGGUCUACAAGAAGGCCUAUGCCUUAAUAGACACAUACUUCAGUGCUGGCGACGAUGAGGCCGAAAAGGAGCUGGCGCCACAGGAGGUCAAUGGCGCACUGGAGUUUAACGCCACACAGCCCAAGGCGCCGGAAGGCGGCUAUACCUUCUAAAAAACAUUUUUAACAUAAGUGCCAGCCAUCAGCAUUCACAUACAUACGUACACACACACACACACUCCAACUUUCCCACUCGUCCGUAACAUCAUCACACAGGCUAGUAGCAUAGUCCUCACGCAUACGACUUCUUGUUAUGCGACCGCGCCACACAAUAUUAGAAAGAAAUCACACAGUCUUAGAAAGUAAAGCACACGAUCUUCGGAAGAUAUCACACAACAUGUCCACAACACACUCCUAUAAGUUUGUCACUCCAGAAUCACAUCGAACUUACAACAACGUUAACAAACAACAACAAAACGGGCUGUAGGUCGGCAGAGGCAAACCCUUGUCUGCAUCCGUGCCUCUGCCGCCUCUCCACACACAUUUAUUGUUGUUUGUUGUGCAUUUCCGCAUUGUCCCGCAUGCGGCCAUGAAAACGCAUCUUAGGCGCGUUCUUAGUUUUUUCCCUAUUUAUCGCCUGUCAGCAGUACCACACACUAAAUCAUACACAUUCGUACGCGUUCAAGCAUCUGAGGACCUGCCUAGCUGUGCUUGGCAGGUGUGGAUGACUCAGAACUUUUGAAUUGUCCUCGCACACAGACACACACACACACACACACACACACAAUGUAUACACAAAG